AUGCACCAGAUGACCCUCCUUCAGUCAGAGGUCUCUUCGCUUCGUAAGGCCAACGAGGCACUAAACAUUUACAUGGGGUACAUCGCCAUCUCGUACGUCUGGGGCGACCCGUCCCCUGGGGGUUCCAUUGUCCUCCAUGGCAAGCCUUUCGCCCAGACAGCCUCACUCAACGCUGCUCUCCGCGGGGUCCGCGAAGCGUCAGUCGCCUGCCGCGUGUGGGUUGACGCCCUCCGCAUCAACCAGGCAAACAUCGCAGAGCGCAACCGGCAAGUCCGCCUGAUGGGGUCUAUCUACUGA